AUGAAGCCACCUGUGCCCAUUACCGACUUUCUCAGCAAUGUCGCGCGCUUCAAAAUCAUUGACAGCACAUUACGAGAGGGCGAGCAGUUCGCAAGCGCGUACUUCGACACUGGCAAGAAGAUUGAGAUCGCCCGGGCCCUCGACGAGUUUGGAGUCGACUACAUAGAGUUGACCACACCUGUAGCAUCAGAACAGUCUCGCAAAGAUUGCGAAGCCAUUUGCAAGCUAGGCCUCCGGGCCAAGAUCCUGACUCACAUACGAUGUCACAUGGACGAUGCCCGCGUGGCCAUCGAAACAGGUGUCGAUGGUGUGAGCAUCUUUCUCGGGACUUCGACGCUCCUUCAAAAGCAUUCACAUGGGAAAGGCAUGGCGAGUGUCACGGCUACGGCACUCAAAGUGAUCAGCUUUGUCAAGUCCAAGGGCGUGGAGGUACGGUUCUCGAGCGAAGACUCACAAGCCUACGACGUGGUACGGACCUUGCGAGGUGUCGUCAGUUGUGACAUUGAAGUCCAUUUUCACAACGAUACCGGUUGCGCUAUUGGCAACACAUAUACCGCACUUGAAGCAGGCGCCACACACGUCGACACCAGUGUGCUGGGUAUCGGGGAACGUAAUGGCAUUACACCUCUUGGUGGCUUCAUUGGCCGGAUGGUCUCCGUCGCACCAGACUAUGUCAAGAGUAAGUAUGAUUUGGCCAAGAUCAAGAAACUUGAGGAUAUCGUCGCAGAUGCGACAGCAGUCAACAUACCAUUCAACAACCCUAUCACCGGCUUUUGUGCCUUUACGCACAAGGCAGGUACCUACGCCAGUUCAAUACUAGCAGAGCCUGCCACAUAUGAGCUCAUCAAUCCCAAGGAUUUCGGCAUGGAUAGCUAUGUCCAUUUCGCAUCUCGACUGGCUGGCGGCAAUGCAAUCAACUCGAGAGCUCAGCAGCUGGAUGUCACGGUAUCUGAGGAACAUGUCAAGGUCAUGACCGCUGCUGUGGUAAAGCUCGCGGCAAUACGACCUGUGACGAUCGAUGAUGUUGACUCAAUUAUACACGCGCAUUCUAGGAACAAGCUGAUACCCAGUUGA